AUCGCCGCGCGGCACAUACCCAUAUUAUCGAACUAUAUCGCGAUACGUCUUAUAACCGCGCCGGUCGCGUCGCACUAGACACGUUUUCUAAAACAGUCUCCCAACAAUAAUAAUUUUAUAACAUUUCUGUAAUUACCGAAAAAAAAAAAACUUAAACACUACCGUUACACAACGUCCGGUUUUAUAGCUUUAAUAUAAUAUUAUUAUACUAAACUGUUACCUAUAAUAUUAUAAUGUCGUAAUUAUACUGUCUCUCGCGAGAAUCUACCGCGGUUAUUGUUUUUGCUUCGUCUGAGCUCAAAUUAUAAUCUCUGCCGUCGACCGGCAGCCGAUUUCGGAAGGAAUACGAAAUAAUUUAUUUGGUAUCUACCUACAUCAACCGCACACGGUUUAAAUAACCAUCUUCCGAUCCGGAAAAUACCAACGGGCCAAAUCCACCACACUGCAGGUAUUGACAAAGUACCUAAACGGCCAUAAUUACUGUGAAAAUACUAUGGAGAAAAAAACUAUAAUAUACAACUUCGGUCCAGACGGCCGUGACGCGUGUUGGGCCGCGUUGACGAGUUCAUGGAGCCAUUUUUCGAAACAGCAAGGCCUUAACACCACACAAGUCUCGUGUGAUAGUUCAGCGUGCAGUGAUGUCGAAGCACAAUUCAAAGAUACUACAAGAACUCUCAACUUAUGGCCGGUCAAGUCACGUGGUAGACCAAACAAAAAAAAGAAGCAAAACUUUUUGACAACGACAACAACGUCACUGUCUCCGCCGCCCCAGCCGCUACCACCGUCAUCUCCAAGGACCCUCAAACGGCGAUCGGAUGUACUGCAACAACAGUGGUUAUCGGUAAACUAUCAGCUGUCCAGUUCGGCGGAGGUCGUGAAACAAAAGAUUUCGGAACCACCUAAAGUUAACGGCCCGUGCAACUGCAGUCAAUCAGUAAACUCGGAAUUGUCUGGCGUGAUCGUCACGAGCAACAUCAACAACAACAACAACGACGAUGACGUCGUCGACAAUGACAAAAACAAGUACGGGGCGAUGGAAACGAUUGACUUUGCCGACCGGAAACAGCAGCAACUGAUGCUGUGCGCGGCCGACUCCGGAUCGUGGACGGACGUCAACGGACCGGUCGCCGUAGACGUCGCGGAGCAGCCGAUAGAACUUCCAAACGAAGACGAUCACGUUUCGUCCGUGUCACAUCCACCGACUCCUCCGACCGCUGUCGUCGAGCAGCCAAUCGAACACGCACGGCAGAUCGAAAAUCACCGAGUUGCGUCGACCGAAUUCCGUCCACCGACGCCGUUCGCCGUCAUCGAACAGCCGCCAAUCGAACGUGCUCUGCCGAACGGAGAUGAUGAUCACGACGUGUCGGCCGACUUGUGUCAACUGACGCCGUUCGCCGUUAUCGAACAGCCAAUCGAACGUGCUCUGCCGAACGGAGAUGAUGAUCACGACGUGUCGGCCGACUUGUGUCAACUGACGCCGUUCGCCGUUAUCGAACAGCCAAUCGAACGUGCUCUGCAGCCAAACGGAGAUGAUGAUCACGACGUGUCGGCCGACUUGUGUCAACUGACGCCGUUCGCCGUCAGCGAACAGCCAAUCGAACGUGCUCUGCCGAACGGAGAUGAUGAUCACGACGUGUCGGCCGACUUGCAUCCACCGACGCCGUUCGCCGUUGCCGAAAAUCCGACAAUGAUGGAAGUCGACGUGAGCUACCGCGAAGUUGUUUCACCUACGUUCCGGCCACAAUUAUCGCUUAUGACUUCGACUACUGAUGCUGAUAAUCCGACGGCCAUCACAAUUGUCUCGCCGUCGUCAUCACAGUCACAGCCCAACGACGGCAAAGACUGUCCGGUUAAAUCGAAUUCGAGCAUGAUAGUAUUCUCAGAAAAACCGUUGUCCAAGUACGAGAUGAAGAUUAAAGAAAUAGACAACAGUAUAAUAUCAUACUCGAAAUCGUUCUUGAGCACGGUGUUGUUUGUCGUGCUUCUCCGCGUCUUGUUUUAAUACAAAACACUUCAAUUCAACUACCAUUUUAUAAGAUGUCUAUGAGUUCAUUUAUAAAUUAUAUAUUACUGGCGUACGAGUAAUGUUUUCCUUCAGUCGGUCAAUCCAAAGGAUUUUCGAUUUUCAAACGCACUCGCCAUAUUUUAAACGAAUGUUUUUGAAAAUCGAUCGUCCAUGGACCCCCUCAGUAAACGUUACUCGUCCGUAUCAGAUAAUUAUAAUUAAUAAUAAUAAUAACUAAUAAUUACACAUCAUAAGAAUCAAAAUUUUUAUUCAAAUUAUAUGUUCAUCGUUGAUUUUUUUCUUUUUCCAAAUAAUGUUUAUUUAUAUUACUGUUUAGUUUAUACCAUAAUAUUAUUUAUAUAUCGUACAAUUUACACAAUAUUAUUAUUAUCAUUAUUCCAUACCUUGCUGCACGUGCUUUAUUCUACCAGAUAAAUUAUUAUUAUCACAACUGUAGCCUAGAUUAGUUAAAUUAUCAUCACUUAUUUACCUAUUGUUAUAAAAGCUGUCCAGUGUCCACGUGUAUGAACACUGUGAGUAUUAUUUAUUUAUUAUACUUAUUGCAUUGCGAAUUAUUUUUUAUUUUAAUUGAAUUAUUAUUAUAUUUUAUGUAUUAUCAUUAUUAUUAGAUAUUAAAAACCAUUCUUUUUUGAAAGUAAAUAUAUGUCGUAAAAAUGUUAUAAGUACAGGAUUUUCAAUUUUAAAAACAAAAAAAAUCUUAAGAAAGUAUAUAGGUAUUUGUCGUUAAUUUUUUUUUUUUUUUUGUAUUUAAUUUAAGCGUUUCCUGUAUGUAUAAUGUAAACUUAUAAAAUAGUUUUUUCACUGUACCAUUAUUAAUGUUAUUACGUAUUAUAACGUUUGUAUUUA